GGUGUUCCUCGCGAGGCUGCUCCCGGGGAGCGGCGUGUAGCGCUGAGUCCACCCGCUGUAGCAAACCUCCUAAAGCAAGGAUUCAAGAGCGUGCUCAUCGAGAAGGGCGCUGGCGAGCAGGCGCAGUUCACGGAUGCAGAGUACGCAGCUGCGGGAGCGACCAUCUUGGAUGGCGACCAGGUCCUCUUCGCCGCCGACAUCGUACUGCGUGUACGACCGCCGUCGGUUAUGGAAGUGGAAAAGAUGAAGGAGGGGGCCAUCCUGCUCAGCUACCUGUACCCCGCCCGCAACAAGGAACUCGUGGAGGCGCUUGCCAAGCGCAACACCACCGCCAUCGGCAUGGACUGCAUUCCCAGAACAAUUAGCCGAGCGCAGAUGUUCGAUUCCCUCAGCUCCAUGGCCAACAUCGCGGGAUACAGGGCGGUGACUGAGGCGACUCAGUACUUCGAGCGCUUCCUCAACGGCCAGAUUACCGCCGCAGGGCGCAUUCCUCCGGCCAAGGUGCUGGUGAUCGGCGGCGGCGUGGCGGGCCUGGCGGCUGUGGGCGCUGCCAAGAGCCUGGGCGCCAUCGUGCGCGUGUUCGAUACCCGCGGCGCCGUCCGCGAGCAGGCCAAGUCCAUGGGUGCGGAGUUCCUGACGGUGGACGUGCACGAGGAGGGCGAGAGCGGCACCGGCUAUUCCAAGGAGAUGAGCGCUGCGUUCAUCGAGGCCGAGAUGAAGCUGUUCGCGGCACAGUGCAAGGAGGUGGACAUCGUCAUUACCACGGCGCUCAUACCCGGCAAGGGCGCGCCGCUGCUCAUCACCAAGGACAUGGUGGACUCCAUGAAGCCUGGCUCUGUAAUUGUGGAUCUGUCCGCGGAGGCUGGUGGCAACUGCGCCUACACCAAGCCUGGUGAGGUGGUCCGUACCCCCAACCGCGUGACGGUUGUGGGCUACACCGACAUGCCCUCCCGCAUGGCCGGCCAGUCGUCCAGUCUGUACGCCAACAACAUCUCCAAGCUGCUGCUGUCGGCCGGGCCCUUCACGGGCGGACCCAAGGGUCACCUGAAGAUCGACCACGCGGACCCUGUCAUACGUGGUUCGCUUGUGCUGGAGAACGGCGAGCUGCGCUGGCCGCCGCCACCCGGCGUUAUCCCCGUCGCUAACACCAAGAUGAACACCGAGAAGGAGACCAAGAAGGAGACGGGUCCGAUAGAUCUGUACGAGCCGACCAGGAAGAACGCUAUGGCCACUUCAGCGGCUAUUGCGGGCACGUUGCUUGUGGGCGCUGCUUCCCCGAACGCCGCCUUCUCCUCCAUGUUGACCAAAUUUGGCCUGGCUUCCAUCUGCGGCUACCAGACGGUGUGGGGUGUGGUGCCCGCGCUGCACUCGCCGCUUAUGUCAGUCACGAAUGCCGUGUCGGGCCUUACGGCCGUGGGCGGUAUGGUGCUGGCGGGCGGCGGUGUCAUACCCCACACCCCAGCCCAAGCCCUGGCGGCGACGGCAGUAGCUGCUUCGGCAGUCAACAUCGGCGGCGGCUUUACCAUCACGCAGCGCAUGCUGGACAUGUUCAAGCGCCCCACAGACCCCAUCGAGUAUAACCAGCUCUAUGCCACGCCGGCUGCCACGCUGGUUGGCGGCUACGUGCUGGGCUCGCUGCUGGCCGGCGGGGACGCCCCGGGCAUCACCUCUGCCGCCUACCUCGCCUCCUCGUCGCUGUGCAUUGCCGCCAUUGCCUGCCUGGCCAACCAGGCCUCCGCGCGGACAGGUAACGCGCUGGGCAUGGCAGGUGUGGGGGCCGGCAUCGCCACCACGCUGGGUGUCAUGCACGCACCGCUAGCCGUGUAUGCGCAGGUGCUGGCCAUGCUUGGGGCGGGUGCGACCGCCGGUCACUACAUUGGCAAGAAGAUGAAGAUCACGGAGCUGCCUCAAAUGGUGGCGGCCUUCCAUUCGCUGGUGGGGCUGGCGGCGGCGGCGACCUCCAUCGCCAACGUCAUGGCGGCGGAUCCUGCUCACGGACUCGACACGACGCAUAAGGUGACUGCCUACCUGGCCGAUUUCAUCGGCGCCGUGACCAUGACCGGCUCCGCUGUCGCCUUCGCCAAGCUGCACGGCCUCAUGAAGCCCAAACCGCUCAACUUGCCCUUCAAGACCCAAAUCAACUGGGCGCUGCUCGCCGCCAACCUCACCUUCGGCGCCGUCUUCCUGUCGGCCUCCGACGGCAAUUCCGAUGUCGCCGUGGCCGCGUUGGUGGCUGCGGGCAUCCUGGCAGGUGUCCAGGGCGCACACAUGACCGCUUCCAUCGGCGGUGCGGACAUGCCGGUGGUUAUUACGUUGCUCAACUCCUACUCGGGCUAUGCGCUGUGCGCCGAGGGCUUCAUGCUCAACAACGACCUGUUGACAGCGGUGGGAGCGCUCAUCGGCUCGUCGGGCGCCAUCCUCUCCUACAUCAUGUGCGCGGCUAUGAAUCGGUCGUUAUUCAACGUCAUCCUGGGAGGCUACGAGACCGCUGGGAAAACAAGCAAGGCCAAGGCCGAGGUCGGCACGCAUCAAGAGAUCGACGUCAACGGUGUCGCAGAGGCCCUGACCUCCGCCGCUAAGGUUGUUAUCGUACCUGGGUACGGCAUGGCGGUGGCCAAUGCCCAGCACCCGGUGGCUGAGCUGGCCAAAAGCCUCGCGGAGAAGGGCGUGCAGGUAGUAAAGUUCGGUAUCCACCCCGUGGCGGGUCGCAUGCCCGGUCAGCUCAACGUGCUGCUGGCGGAGGCGGGAGUGCCGUACGACGUUGUGUUCGAGAUGGACGAAAUCAACGAGGAGCUUGACGACGCGGACGUGUGCCUGGUUAUUGGCGCCAACGAUACUGUCAACAGCGCCGCAGUCGAGGACCCUAACUCCGUCAUUGCGGCAGGCAUGCCUGUGAUCGAGGUGUGGCGCGCUAAGCAGGUCUUCUUCAUGAAGCGCACCAUGGGCGCCGGAUACGCAGGCGCUGACAACCCCGUCUUUUACAAGCCCAACACCUGGAUGUUCCUGGGUGAUGCAAAGAAGAUGACGGACACGCUGCUCACUCGCGUACAUGAGGCCCUGGGCGUGAAGAAGUAA